UUGAAAGAUAGAAAAUAAGUAAUGCCAUUACCCUGCUGUGAGAGUUGAAGGAUUAAAGUGUCCUUUUCUUCUGAAAAAGAACACUAAUUUUUAUUUUCCUAAUGAUUUAUGAGUAAUGGACAUCAAAAUCCAUUGUGAAAGAACAAAACAAGAAUGUAUUUUUUAUUUCUGUGUUUAGGAAUAAAAAGGAUUAAAGUAGAGGUUGUCUAGAAACCCUGAAGAGGAAAGCAAACUGUGAGAAUUACUGAAAGGCACAGAGAAUCCUAUAAGCUAAACCAAGAAAAGCCAUCCAAGCAAAAAACGUCUUCUGUCCAGGAAGAGCCCUGUCAAUGUAUCUGGUGACAGAAUAGGCAGUUUCAGAAUUCAUGGGGAACCUGAAUUCUACAACUGCAAGUCUCAACCAUAAAGUUUCAUAUGCCUCAGUUCAAUGAUACUUCCAACAUUCAUGCAGCAGACCUACAUUAUUUGCAGAUUGAAUAUUUGCAAAUUUUUCUACUUACUAAAAUUUAUUUGUAACCCUAACAUUAAUACGAGUUGCUCUUUCUCAGUGAUUAUAGGGAUGUGCAGAGCAGUAAAAAUUUUGAGUCACCUCUUCCUUCUUUCCGUUUUCAUACUAUAAACAAGUAUUCUUUUCACAGUCUACUUAGUACCACAGUUUUAGCAUUUUUGUGCCUUUUCUUGGUGAUUUUGCCAUUUAAAAUGCUCCAAAUGUAGUGUUGAAGUGCUUUUUAGUGUUCCUAAGCACAAGAGGGCCAUGGUGUGCUUUAUGGAGACAAUAUGUGUGUUAGGUAAGCUGUAGGCAUGAGUUAGAGCACUGUUGGCAAUAAGUUCAAAGUAAAUGGAUCACCAAUAUAUACUAAAUAGGUGACUUUAAAUAGAACCACAAGAAAAAUAAUGUUAUAUAUUGAUUCUUUAGCAAAGAUAUGACCAGAGACUCACAGGAACUUAACUGUGUUUCCUCUAGGAGCAGUAGUUAAGUAUUCACCUAUUCAGUGUUUAAGGCAACUUUAUAGAACAUAACUGUUCUAAAUAAUGAGAAUCAUUUGUAUGUAUUUAUCUAUCAUAUAUCUAUUUAUCUAUCUAUUAUCCAUCUCUCUAUAUGUUGAAUGCAUAUAUAUAAGCAAAACAAGUCUACAGUAUUCUUCAGAAAGCAGAAUGUCUGAAUACUUCCAUUAUUUGGAAACAAAAUAAUGGACUUUUGAAUAAUCAAUAGGUAAAAAAAUUAAAUUAAGAGUAAUAAUGUAUUUUGAACUAAAUGAAAACACAAUAUAUUAAAAUCUCUGGGAUACAACUAAAACAAGUUAGAAAUUUAUAGCACUAUAUGGUUAUAUUAGAAUUAAAAAGAUCUCAUGUCAAUAACCUGCAAGCUCACCCUAACAAACUAGAAAAAGAAGAAAUUAAACUCAUAAAAAUUAGAAAGAAAAUGAUAAAGAUCACAGCAUAAAUAAAUAAAACAAUUCACAAGGUCUUUCAUCAUUUUAUUUUAUUCUUCUCCUGUCUUAUAUUAUUAUUGUUAUGUAUUUUAACUCCACAGAUGAUAUGAUUAUGGUUUAUGUGUUCCAUAUUUAUUUAUAUUUACCCAUCUAUUUAUCUUUUCCUGUAUUCUUUGUUUUCUUCAAUUCUUGUGUUUUUAUCUGAGAUAAUUUUCCUUCUUUUAAUAAAACUCAUUUAUUAUUUUAUGUGGUGCAUGUCCACUGGCUAGGAAAUCUAAUUUUUGUUUGUCUGAAAUAUUCUUAUUUCACCUUAAUUUUUGAAAAAUAAUGCUGCUGGCUAUAGAAUUCAAUGCUGGCAGUUGUUUUCUUUCUGCACAAUAAAGUUGUCAUAGUCUUGUUUUCUGUCUUAUAACCUUACUGUUAAACAGACAGCUAUGGUUGAAUGUUAACCUUUUGAAGAUUAUAAGUCUUUUUUGUCUUUGCACUUUUAGUAUAAUUUCUCUUUUAUUUUUAGCUGUGUCAUUAAGAUAUGCCUAUGUGUUUGGGGUUCCUAGGCUUUACUGAACUGGUGCUUUUUAUGUCUCUCAUCAGUUUUGGAGAAUUGUUAACUAGAAUCACUUCAAAAAUUGCCUUUGUCUAUUCUGUCAUGCUUUUUUACUGGGAUUCAAAUCACAUAUAUGUUAAUGCUUUUCACCAUGACACACAUAUUUCUUACACUCACAUCCAUAUCUUAUCUUUUUACUUCUCUUCAUGCUUUCCUAAAGACAUCUUCUACUUUCUUUAAGUUUAUUUAUCUUUGCUUUUGCUGGGUAUAACUUAUAUUUAAACUUAUAUAUUAAGUUCUUAGUAUCAGUUAGUGUAUCUUCCAUUUGAUUAUUUUCAGAGAUUUUAUUUUUCUGAUAAAAUUUACUAUCAUUUCAAUAUUUUUAUGAACAUAUUAGUCACAAAUAUUUUAGUCUUAGGACAAUUAAAAAAAAGGAUUAGCAGCCUCCUAGAAAGAUAUUAUAGGAUGAGAAGAAGGCUUUACAUAAUGCAAUUCCUAUUUUCCACACAGAAACACCAUCAUCUAAGGGAUAUAUAGGUGAUGGGGGGUUUGAAUAAGAACUGAAUAUAAACAACACAAAGUGAGUAUUAAAUUAACUGAAGAUGAACAACCCAAAGAUAAUAUUAAAUCAUUUAAUCAGGAACAAUAGUGACACAACCUAUCAAAACCUGUGGGAUACAGCAAAGGCAGUGGUAAGAGGAAAGUUCAUAGCCCUAAACGCCUAUAGCAAAAAGACUGAAAGAGCUCCAACUGACAUUCUAAGGUCACACCUCAAGGAACUAGAGAAACAAGAACAAACCAAGCCCAAAUCCAGCAGAAGAAAGGAAAUAACCAAGAUCAGAGCAGAACUAAAUAAAACUGGGACAAACAAACAAAAAUACAAAAGGUAAAUGUAACAAAAACCAGUUCUUUGAAAAGAUAAAGCUGACAGACCAUUAGCAAGAUUAACCAAGAAAAGAAGAGAGAAAAUCCAAAUUACCUCAAUAAAAAGCAAAACGAGAUAUUGCAACUGACAGCACAGAAAUACAAAAGAUCAUUCAAGGUCAUUAUGAACAUUUUACAUGCAUAAACUAGAAAACCUAGAAGAGACGGAUAAAUUCCUGGAAAAAUACAACUUUCCUAGCUUAAAUCAGGAAGAAUCAGAUACCCUAAACAGACCAAUAACAAGUACUGAGAUUGAAAUGGUAAUUUAAAAAUUCCCAACAAAAAAAAGUCCAGGACCAGAUGGAUUCGCAGCAGAAUUCCACCAGACAUUCAAAGAAGAAUUGGAUGCAGCUAUGAAUGCAAGGCCACACAAGGUGGAUGGAAGAGUUGUGGAACCAAAGAGAGCCAUCUCAAGAGAAGAUUCUCAAAGACCAGGUGCCCACUUAACUGUGAAAAAGAUAUUUGUUGGUGGCAUUAAAGAAGACACUGAAGAACAUCACCUAAGAGAUUAUUUUGAACAGUAUGGAAAAAUUGAAGUGAUUGAAAUCAUGAGUGACCGAGGCAGUGGCAAGAAAAGGGGCUUUGCCUUUGUAACCUUUGAUGACCAUGACUCCGUGGAUAAGAUUGUCAUUCAGAAAUACCAUACUGUGAAUGGCCACAACUGUGAAGUUACAAAAGCCCUGUCAAAGCAAGAGAUGGCUAGUGCUUCAUCCAGCCAAAGAGGUCGAAGUGGUUCUAGAAACUUUGGUGGUAGUUGUGGAGGUGGUUUCAGUGGGAACGACAACUUUAGUCAUGGAGGAAACUUCAGUGGUCAUGGUGGCUUUGGUGGCAGCCAUGGUGGUGGUGGAUAUGGUGGCAAUGGGGAUGGCUAUAAUGGAUUUGGUAAUGAUGGAAGCAAUUUUGGAGGUGGUGGAAGCUACAAGGAUUUUGGCAAUUACAACAAUCAGUCUUCAAAUUUUGGACCCAUGAAGGGAGGAAAUUUUGGAGGAAGAAGCUCUGGCCCCUAUCGUGGUGGAGGCCAGUACUUUGCAAAACCACGAAACCAAGGUGGCUAUGGCGGUUCCAGCAGCAGCAGUAGCUAUGGCAGUGGCAGAAGAUUUUAAUUAGGAAACAAAGCUCAGCAGGAGAGGAGAGCCAGAGAAGUAACAGGGAAGCUACAGGUUACAACAGAUUUGUGAACCCAGCCAAGCAUAGUGGUGGCAGGGCCUAGCUGCUACAAAGAAGACAUGUUUUAGACAAAUACUCAUGUGUAUGGGCAAAAAACUCGAGGACUGUAUUUGUGACUAAUUGUAUAACAGGUUAUUUUAGUUUCUGUUCUGUGGAAAGUGUAAAGCAUUCCAACAAAGGGUUUUAAUGUAGAUUUUUUUUUUGCACCCAUGCUGUUGAUUGCUAAAUGUAAUAGUCUGAUCGUGAUGCUGAAUAAAUGUCUUUUUUUUUAAUGUGCUGUGUAAAGUUAGUCUACUCUGAAGCCAUCUUGGUAAAUUUCCCCAACAGUGUGAAGUUAGAAUUCCUUCAGGGUGAUGCCAGGUUCUAUUUGGAAUUUAUAUACAACCUGCUUGGGUGAAGAAGCCAUUGUCUUCGGAAACCUUGGUGUAGUUG